CCAGUCGUGUCAUACCGAGCCGAGACGCAUCCUCCUCCUGUGCAUGAAAGCUCCGAGACACGUUCUUACGCCGCCAGAUCAGGAAACCAAAAGACUUUUUUACCAACUGGAUGUAACGCGUGAAGAAGACAUGACGCUUUUUACCGCACGGGGAAUUUAAACGCGGACCUGUUUUGUUUCUUUUACGCGCGACGCAGGAGUCUAUUGUCCAUAGAGUCAUCCAGUCUCGUCCACUGUCCACCACUGUCCUCAAGAUGCACAUGAAUAGUUUAGUAAACCAAUGGACAAAUAUCUCCAGCAUGUGUGAGGUGGACGUGUCCUCGGAGCCCUCCAGCCCCACUCUGUACGGGGAGUCCUCAGAUCAGUACUACAGUGUGGACCGCUGGCAGAAGCUUCGCACCGCCGUCCGUAAAUUGGAAUUCUGGGAAAACUUCACUGCAGAGCUCAUCGGCACCGGCUUCUUCUCCAAAGUCUAUAAGGUGAUACACAGCACCAGUCGUAAAGUGAUGGUGGUGAAGAUCUAUAAGAACGACGUGGACCAGGACAGCAUCGUGCGUGAGAUCAGCCUUCUGCAGAAACUCUCACACCCAAACAUCGUCAGGUAUCUGGGCAUCUGCGUCAAAGAGGACAAACUGUAUCCAAUCCUUGAGUAUGUGAACGGGGGCUGCCUGGAGGAGCUGCUGGCCCGUAAGGACGUGCCUCUGUGCUGGAGGGAGAAGGUGGACCUGGCCUGUGACAUCAGCAGAGGAAUGAUCUACCUGCACUACAAGAACAUCUACCACCGAGACCUCAACUCCAAGAACUGCCUGAUCCGGGUGACUUCGCGCGGUCGUGAGGCCCUGGUCACAGACUUCGGCCUGGCUCGGGAGGUGGUGGAGCUGCCGGUGAAGGACCCCGGGAGGAAGCUGUCUCUGGUGGGCUCGGCCUUCUGGAUGGCCCCUGAGAUGCUCCGGGGGGAACCCUAUGACAGAAAGGUGGAUGUGUUCUCCUUUGGGAUCGUUCUGUGUGAAAUCCUGGCCCGGAUCCCAGCAGACCCAGAGAUCCUGCCCCGUACACAGGACUACGGUCUGGAUGUGAGUGCCUUCAAGGACCUGGUGUCGGGCUGUCCACAGAAAGUCCUCGACCUCGCCACCAGAUGCUGCCUGCUGGAGUCGUUCAGAAGACCGGCCUUCACAGAACUUCUGGACGAGCUGGGGGAGGUGGCAGAGAACCUGGAGAUGUCCGAGAAGUCUGACCUCAACAGCAGCUGAGAUCUUUGUCCACACCCAAUCCCACAAAAAACCAGAGUGUCUUAAAGUACCGGGCCAAAAGUCCUCAAUAUGGCGGCUGGUCUGUCUCUCCUCCUCAGCACAGUGCACUCACAUGAAUGGACAGACUGCUGUGCUCCACGUGCUAUGGACAUCUCCCUUUUUUUGUAUAUAUAUUAAAAAAUUCUAAAUGGAUUUUCUGGAGGAUUUUAGUUUUGUUUUGUUUUUUUCAUGUUGUAGUAUUCAAAACAAGUCUUAUUUGAUAUUGUUUGUGACAGCCAUCCUAAUCUUUUUCUAUGUAAAACUUUGUACAUGUUGUGUAUUGUAAAGGCCCUGUACCCGAUUUCUAAGGGACAGAUCUAUUAUACAAUCUGUAUAAGCAGCUCUUGAAGAUGACGUUCAGAUAAGGUGACCAAAUGUCUGUUUUUCCCCAGACAUAAAUGUGUUUCACGUCCUGUCCUGGCCAUCCGGGGUUUUUUUUUAUAAAGUGAUACAAAUGUCCAGGUUUUCAUUACCUUUCAUUGGGCCAUUAGACUGAGUGUCUCUCGUAGCUCUCUGUGCACUCACAAGGAGCGAGCAGACACAGUCCGUUAGCCUGGAGCAUGCUGAAGUGCGACUGCGCAUUUAACGAUGACUUGCACAAGAAAUUCCCCGCUUGCAGUGUCCAGCUUUGCAAGGUGAGAGUAGCUCAAUGUCGAUGUCAAGGCCCCACGCCCGCCCCCUGGUACGGUGUCCUGGUUUUCACAAACGGAAAUAUGGUCACUCUAGGUUAGGAUGCUAGGUGUUUCACAACAGCAAAGCUCUACUUUGGUCUUUGGUUUGGUCGUGAAAAGCUCUUAUAAACUCAUCAUGGUGAAUAAUUACAGUGGUCAGGGAUAACUGGACCCAUGCAAACCGUUAAAAAGGUGAAAAACAGAAUUACCAUAUUUUUCAGACUCUAAGCCGCUCUGGAGUAUAAGUCGCACCAGCCAAAAAAUGCAUAAUGACAACAGGAUGAUUUCAGUGUCACUGAAGUCCAGGCUUUGUCAAUCCAUCCAAUGACUUUAAGGAAAGUGGCGCACCCUCCCGGUGUCACAAGUUUCUCGCUCACUCCAGACUUUCUUUCUGCUGCUCGAUUACCAUUUUUAUCUACAUAUUUCACUACUUGCAGCAAGACAGAAGCUCUUUGUACAGGAGAGAGGCUGUUAGUGUGAAAAUUAGAAUAUAUAAGUUGCACCAGAGUAUAAAGUUGCAGGAAACACCCAAACCAUGAAAAAAAGUGCGAUUUAUAAUCCGAAAAAUAUGGUAGUUCAUUUUAAAAACAGUAAAAAUCAGGUACAGUGCCUUUAAGUAUAAGAACAUUUGAAAAUCCAGGAUCAAAUGGAGCAAACUACCUCUAAAUGAUAAACAUAACGAAUCAGAAACAAGGAGCGGGACCAAUAGUAAUCUUUAGGUAAUUUAGGUUUGAUUUUGAUGGUGAUUCCGUUCAAAUAUGGUUAAAAAACAAUAGCUGCAAGCUUCAAAGUUAAGCUGCUCCUAUUGAAUACAAAUGGGUGGAUAAAAUGACAAGCAUUACACUGUUGGAGUUAUAUGACCUAAUCACCCAAUGACAUCACAAGGUGCAAUGGCACAUUUUAACUUUGAAGGUGGUGAUUUAUGUAGGAUUACUAAGUGUGAAUGAAACAAAACACAUCUCCAGGUUUGUUUUUGAGCAGGAAAUCAUUUUACAACAUGCCGAAAAUAAGUUUUAAAUGUUUUAAAUGUGUUAAAAUGUUCUUUUAAUUUUAGGGGUCUGCAUGAUGAGUUUAAAGGUGCUCUGUGUAACUUUUUGAUUGAGGGUCCAUCACCUGCUUGUUUCUAUGACUGGAAUGUUCCACAGUGUGACAUUAAACAGCUCUAUCUUAUAUUUAUUCAAUUACAGGUGGUUUUGGGAGCGGGUUGCCUCUCCACAGAUCUGACCUGUAACUUGGUCUGGUUUGGUUUCCAUCAAGAUAGAAAGGUUUAAUGCCAUACUGUGAAACAUUCCAGACAAAGCAAUAACAUCUCCAUGAAAAACAUUUGACUGACCCUCCACCAGAAAAGUUACACAAUACACCUUUGACACAGUGGAGCACUUCCCGUAUUACCACAUGACAUCACAAGGUGGAACAGAGUGUUUUCUGUUUGAGAGAAGAACCUAAAUAUGCAGCAAACACAACUCCAGGUACAUUUGUGAUGAGGAAACAUUACAACAUAGAUCAGAAAAUGUACAACAUCUUUUUAGCAACAACAUAUUUGCCUUAACAAAACUUCUUGAAAUCCUACUUUUUUUUUGUAAUUUAUUUUUUUGUUUUGUUUUUAUAAUUGCGACGAUGCAGAUGUUUAAGUCUGUGGAGAUUUUGUCUUUCUUUGAAUUCGAUAUUUAUGAACUAGGUUUGUCGAAAGUAUCGAAAAGCUGAUCUAGAUACUCAUUGGAGCGGGUAUCGAUACUAAAAAAAGUCACAUUCACAGGACUGAAAUGAACCUUUCCUGAAUAGUUUUAGAAUGAUCUUGAGCUGAAUCAGAACAAGUAUAAGAGAACAUAGACUAGUAUAGAAACGGAGCAAAGGAUCAUGGUCGAUGUAGUUCCCUCUGGUACCUGGACCACAUGGGAAUAGAAAAGAAAGUCCGAUGAUUUAAUGUUGAAAACCACAUUCUGUUGUCUAAAUAAGGAGUGUUUUAAUCAUCAUAUGGUAUCAGAAUCGGUAUUGAGUAUCAACAAAGCAUCACAAGCAACUCUGGAUUCCUCCUGGACGAAAAUAGCUCUACUUUUUGUGAAACGUCAACAAUGUUAUUCAUCCUAUGUUAAAGGUGCACUGUGUAACUUUUCCGGUGGAGGGUCCGUCAAAUGCUUUUCUUUGUGGAGAUUUAGAGUUAUUGCUUUGUCUAGAAUGUUUCACAGUAUGGCUUUAAAUAUUUUUAUCGUCAUGGAGACCAAACCAGAUCAAGUUACACGUCAGAAUGCCUGGUUUUUGUUGUUUUUUUAGUCAUUUUUGAGCUGUAAAACCACCUGUAAUUGAAUAAAUGUAAAUUAGAGCUGGUUAAAGUCAUACUCUGGAACAUCCUAAUGACAUAUCCAUGGAAACAAGAAGGUGACCGACCCCCAACCGAUAAGUUACGUAGUGCAAUUUCAGUGUAUUUUGUUGUUUUACGGAUAUUAGAAUUUUUUGUAAAUACUAUUUUAUUUUUGUUUGCAUAUAUUUUGUUAUCUUUUUGGGAUUUUGGUGUUUUUCUGUCUUGUUUUUCCAGUAUACUUAUGUCUUAUGUAAUAUUGUGAAAGUUCAGGCAGCUACAAUACACAAACACAUAAUCUAAAUAAUGUCCAAUUUCCGUUAUGUUUGAUUUAAAGAGUAUACAAUUCAUCAUGGUGUACAGAUACAGAAUCACAACGAAGCAAGUGAGAACAAAAAGUUGACUUGAUACAGUGGGAGUUAAAGGGACAGUCCGGAAUUUUGGACAUAGGACUUCAUUUC